CAAGGUGAUGUGAAAUUCUGUGAGUCUGUGAAAGCUCCAGCUCAUCAGGUUUAUUCGAUAUUUGAUAAUAUACUGCAGCUGUAUUAAAGUAAGAGCCUUAUUAAACCAAGACUGACGCAACAAGUGAAUGUAAAUUUUUGAAUUGACUUUUUUUUUUUGCUUGAAUGUCUUUUUUCUCCUGCGAUGUUUCUCAAAUACCUUCUGUCAAGAACCUCUGAUGGAUGUUUCUCCAUUCAUGUUAGAAUGUUGCACUGGCGACACAUUUCCGAGUAAGAUGACGACACAGGAUGAUACACAGCGACUGACGUGAAGAAUCAUAGUAGGUGUGUCCUCAGUCCUACUUCAGCGGCAGACGUGGAGCUGGAUUGACUACUUCUGUUGCUGGAGUCCAUCUCCACAGGUCUCGUCACACAUUGAAGACAUUCUGGGAUGGUCAGAGAUGACGCCCAAGCUGAGGGCAGAAAAAGACUGUGCCGUCCCCCUCAGAAGCCUCGUCCGGGCAAGAAACCAGCGCAUAAGACCUACAAGAAGCUUCAAGUUAUCACUUGUGUUCUGCUUGUGGAGCUGUGCGAGAGAUUCACUUUCUUUGGCAUCGUGUGCAACAUGAUCAUCUUUUGCACUGUGAAGUUGGGCUAUGACAACUACCUAGCUGCAACAGUUAACCUGUGCUUCAUCGGAGCUAGCACUCUCACUCCAGUGCUAGUUGGAUGGCUCGCCGACACAUGCUUGCAAAGGUCCAAAGUGCUCUACUUAUCUGCCUUUCUUCAUUUCUUUGGCACAGUCAUGCUGCCCGUGGUGGCUUUCCCCUUUGAGGAUUUCUACAUCGACACUCAUCACAUGAUCCACCAUUUGGAUCCCAGGCAUCAGCAGAUUCUAUUCUACAUGGGUCUCCUGGCGGCCACACUUGGCAUUGGUGGCAUACGGGCCAUCUUGUGUCCCAUGGGUGCCUACUGCCUUCAGGGUUACAACCAGCACCAGCUCCUGUCCUUCUUUAAUUGGUUCUACUGGUUAGUUAACCUGAAUUCCACUGUUGUGUUUCUCGGAAUUGCUUACAUUCAGCAAUCUGUGGCCAAAAAUUUGGGCUUUCUGAUCCCCUUCGCCUCAGUGCUGCUGACUCUGAUAGCCAUACACAUGAUGCGCAGUAAACUCACCUACAAACCAAAGAAAGUUGGAUCUUUGCUGACCACAUUUGGAGUUUUUCUCAACUCCCUCAAGAUGUGCUGCCUGCACUACCGCCACCUAAGUGGCGAGGUGACAUCAUGGCUUGAUCGAGCUAAGGAAAACAACGGCGGGCGCUACAGCGAGGCACACGUUGAGAACGUCAAAGUCUUGGCCAGGCUGUUUCCUCUCUACGGUCUCCAGCUCCUGUACCGAGCGUGCAUCACGCAGAUCCCCUCAGGUUUCUACCUACAAACAAUGAACUCCAACCUUCACCUGAGUGACCUCCUUCUUCCCAUCGGAACCAUGAAUGUGAUCAGCAUCCUGCCUCUUCUCCUCUUGGCACCGCUGUUUCAAUGUGUAACAACCUGCUGUCUCUCCAAUGGAAAGACACCAUUGGCCCCCAUAAAAGUCAUCACUCUGGGACAUUCAUUUGCAGCGGUGUCGGUGCUGUUAGCAGGCUUCAGCGAGCUACAGAGGAAAACACACCCACUGGUGGAACAAACUCUCUCUGGGAAAGUGCUGCAAGUGUCAGCCAUGCCAUGCUUUCAGCUCGCUCCUCAAUAUAUCCUGCUUGGUGUGGCCGAGGCACUUGUCACACCUGCAUGUUCCCUCAUAUCAUUCCAGCUGAGUCCGGAUCACAUCAGAGGAAUCUCGCUUCACUUCCUCACACUUUCUUAUGGAGGCGGCUGCUUCCUGGGAGCCUUCUUGAUUCAGCUGACUUACUUCAUAACUGGAGGUCACUUCUACCCAAAUAUUCUGCAUGAGGGAAACUUGGAGAGAUUCUUCUUCUUGCUGGCAUCUUUAAUGGCUCUCAAUACGCUUGUGCUCUGGAGCAUCUCAAAGAGGUACAUGGACUUAAGUGUGCCGGGUGGAGCAGUGACCAGCAGCCCACUGUCUGAGAAACUGCUGCAGUACAAGGCCUGUCUUCGCUUCUACGACACCAUGGAUGCUUCCUACACCCACAGCUCCGUAGAUUCUGUCCAUUCUAUUGUGUAACAGAUGUUUGUACUCACCUCUGAACUGUGGCGCAGGCACUGCAGUUAUCUUGUUUACCAUGCAUUGGCUGCUUUGCUGUACAAGCAGUUGUAGCUACUGCUGGAAUAGCUUCUUCCCAUAAUAUGGUUGUUGAUAGGAAUGGGCAGCAGAAUCAACAAGAAAGCGUACGUUUCUAUGGAACAGUUAGCACGUAGCAAUUUUAUUUUCCUUCAUCAGUUCCUGACUGAGAAGUCAUACUUUCACACGCUGUACGCUCACAGCAACGUGCCACGCCUCUUAAGCAUGCCCCCUCACUGAGCAAGCACGUGAAUGUUAUAAAUAAAUAAAUAAGUAAUAUAACUGGACAACUUGAUAACAGCCCAGGAGAUGGGCGGAGGUCUUUUUAUUUAUUUAUAUUUGCUUGUUUUUCUCUGACACAGUGAAGUACAAUAUAAUUUUUCAUUAUAAAAGAAUUAUUCAUCAAUGACGCCAAAAUGUUUCUAGCAACUGCAGCUUUAUUAAUAAAAGUGUUCUGAACAAGGGGCUGCCAACCUUCAGAAUCAAAACAGCCAUUUUGUUUGCUGUGAGGUUAUGGUAUUUUGCUGUAAAUUUCAUUGUUGUAUUUUAUUUGUAUUGAGCCUUGCCUCAGAUUGUAACAUAAAAUGUAUUUGCUUUAUGUUAUCAGGGUCUCUUCAGCCAUGGUGUAACUUUUUACAGGUGAUCACCAUUAAAUGCUUUUAUAUUUUUA